AUGUUACACUUCCCAGAUCUAAAUCCAAUCAGCAUGAUAUUCUGAUACUAACAUUUCACCUCACACUCACCAUCUUCUUACCCAUCUUCUUCACCAUUUUCCCCUUCAACCUAAUCACACCCCCUUCUCCUAUUUUCACUGUCCUGAAGAAGCAAAGGCUAUUUCAAUUUACUUCCUUCAAUGGGGUGUGAAUAGGUACCCCUACCCUUCAUCAUCAUAUAAAUCCCCUAGUUACAGCAACCUUCAACACUGUCAAAGUUGCAGUCUUUAAGCACUUAGCUUCUCAAAGUUAACACCUUUCAGGUCAAUUCACAAUCAUCUCAAAAAGAAAAAGGAGAUCUAUACAUUCUAACCAUUUGGGGUGUCGGUUACUAUCACAUUUACAUCUGAGCCUUCAAGGUGUAGGUUCAACAAUCUUCAUCUGGUGCCACUAACAGUGACCCUUUGAGUAUAGAGGUAAAAGGGUAUCUGGGGAUCUCACAGUUUUUGUUGGAUUUCUCUGGUUUAUGUUACAAAGUGUGUACAGGAGGAUAUUCAGAAGCAUGGUGGCUGGGAAUGGUUUGUUUUAUCCCAUUCUUGGUUUUGCUUCCCUUGUGGUUUUCAUCUACAUGUCUUUUGGAGAUGUGAGGUUUGGUUUUGAGGAAGGACCUGAUUUGAGUUUUGUGGAGAGAAAUGGGACUCAGUUUGUGGUGGAUGGGAAACCGUUCUACAUUAAUGGCUGGAACUCUUACUGGUUUAUGGUCCAAUCUGUGGAUGAUUAUACAAAGCCAAGGGUCCGUGAAAUGCUGAAAGCUGGAGCUAAGAUUGGUCUCACUGUUUGUAGAACGUGGGCGUUCAAUGAUGGUGACUACAAUGCCCUUCAAACUUCCCCUGGCGUGUUUGAUGAACAAACUUUCAAGGCCUUGGACUACGUUAUAGCCGAAGCAAGGCAGCAUGGAAUUAGGUUGCUCCUUAGCUUAGUAAAUAACUUGCAUGCAUAUGGUGGAAAGACUCAGUAUGUGAAAUGGGCAUGGCAAGAAGGGGUAGGAUUAUCCUCAUCCAAUGAUUCUUUCUUCUAUGAUCCAUCAAUCCGUAGUUAUUUCAAAAAUUAUGUCAAGACUAUUUUGACAAGGAAAAAUACCAUCACUGGAAUUGAAUAUAGACAUGAUCCUGCCAUAUUUGGUUGGGAGUUGAUUAAUGAACCUCGAUGCAGUACUGAUCCUUCUGGUGACACUCUACAAGAUUGGCUAGAGGAAAUGUCGAGUUUUGUCAAAUCAAUCGACAAGAAGCAUCUGGUGACUAUUGGGCUUGAAGGUUUUUAUGGUCCUAAUGACCCAAAAAGGUUGACUGUCAACCCACCAGAGGAAUGGGCAUCCAGACUUGGAUCUGAUUUUAUCAGAAACUCCCAAAUCUCAGAUAUUGACUUUACCUCUGUCCAUAUCUAUCCUGAUCACUGGUUCAAAAAACAAGUAUUUGAAGACUAUAUGAAGUUUCUCUCUAAGUGGAUGCUUUCUCACAUUGAAGACGGUGACACGGUGUUGAAGAAGCCAGUCUUGUUCUCUGAAUAUGGAUUAUCAGACUCAAUCAAGAACUUUUCAAUGGCUCACAGAGAAACGAUGUAUAGAACAAUUUUAGACAUAAGCUACAAAUCUGCUAAGAAAAACAGGUCUGGAGCCGGUGCUUUGGUUUGGCAAUUCUUAGUUGGAGGAAUGGAUGAGUUUAUUGAUGAUUUUGGGAUGGUCCCAUGGGAAAAGCCAUCAAUAUACUCACUAUUUAUUCAACAAUCAUGCAAAUUAGCCAAGGUCAAGGGUUGGAUUCAACAUGACUUGAGUUUCAAAAAGUUUUGUUAGCAAAAUUGUGGAAAUCAAACUCUAGAUGAAAUGGGAAGAAAUUUGGGUUCUUUUGUUUUGUUAUUUAAGAGUGAAAAUGGGUGCAAGUGCAUAGCUGGUUUUGUAAAAUAUCCUGUUUUCAUCACCAAUGCUACUGUUGGGUGCUUUGUGGGGUAUAUAGUAAGUAUCAUGGCAUAGAUUAGAUAUUCUGUUUUAAAGUUGUAAUCCACAUAAACAAAUCUGCAAGACUCUUUUUAGAUGAGAAGGAAAAGUUUUUGAAAGUUAUACAAGUAACAUCCUUAAUCCAA